AUGAAGCUCAGCGCGCUUCUCACCUCCGCGGGCAUCAACGUCGGGCUCUGCGUGCUCUUCCUAUCGCUCUAUUCUGUUCUCAGGAAGCAGCCAGCUAACAUCAGGGUCUACUUUGGCCGGAGGAUUUCCGAGGACCAUAGCCGGCUCCGAGAGGCUUUUAUUUUGGAAAGGUUUGUUCCGUCGGCUGGCUGGAUCGUGAAAGCCCUGCAGUGUGCUGAGGAAGACCUCUUGGCAGCUGCGGGGUUGGAUGCUGUGGCUUUCAAUCGGAUGCUAGUGUUCAGCAUACGCAUCUUUUCCCUAGCGGCCCUUCUGUGUGUGCUUGGAAUUCUUCCACUGAAUUAUUUUGGACAGAAUAUACAACAUCAUCGGAUUCCUUCAGAACAAUUGGAUAUCUUCACAAUUGGGAAUGUGGAAGUGCAAUCAAGAUGGCUUUGGGUUCAUUGUUUAGUUCUCUACAUAAUAUCUGGAGUAGCUUGCAUUCUCCUAUAUCUUGAGUACAGGCACAUUGCUAGGCUGAGGCUCCUGCACCUUAAACGUGCAACACCCAAUCCAGGCCAAUUUACUGUGCUUGUUCGUGGAAUACCAAAGAAAACAAAAGAAUCAUGUAGCAGUGAUGUUGAUGAUUUCUUCACCAAGUAUCAUGCAUCAAGUUACCUAUUCCACCAAGUUGUUUACAAAGUUGGGAAAGUUCAGAAGAUAAUGACUGGUGCGAAGAAGGCAUGUAGAAAGUUGAAACAAUUCACGGACACUACGGUAGAUCAGAGCUGCAAAGCGGGUACAUACCGGUGUUGUCUUUGUGGAGCUUCUUCGAAUUCAUUCCAGUUGUUGCCCACUGAUGAAGUUGUACAGAGCAGUGGGAAAACUGACCUGAAAGAUUCUACCUUGAUCACACAUAAUGAGGAAUGUGCUGCUGCUUUUGUAUUUUUCAAAACACGGUAUGGAGCACUUGUUGCAUCAAAAGUACUUCAGACAUCGAACCCUACGAAGUGGGUUACUGAUCUAGCUCCAGAACCAGAUGAUGUGUAUUGGUCAAACAUUUGGCUUCCCUACAAGCAGCUUUGGAUUCGACGGAUAGCUACGCUUCUUGGAUCUAUUGUUUUUAUGAUCUUAUUUCUGGCACCGGUGGCAUUUAUACAAGGUCUAACGGAGCUGGAGCAUUUGCAGCAGAAGCUUCCUUUCCUUAAUGGGUUAUUGACGAAGAAAUACAUGAUCCAGCUAGUAACUGGAUACCUUCCCAGUGUUAUCCUGCAAAUAUUUCUGUACACCGUUCCACCAAUAAUGAUGUUAUUUUCUACAUUGGAGGGGCCUACAUCUCACAGUGAAAGGAAAAGGAGUGCUUGCUGUAAAGUGCUGUACUUCUAUAUUUGGAAUGUAUUCUUUGUUAAUGUCGUAUCUGGGACCGUCAUAAAGCAAUUGAAUUUUUUCACAAGCCCGAAGGACAUCCCUGUUGAGCUCGCUAAGGUUAUACCUGUGCAGGCUACCUUCUUCGUCACCUAUGUUCUGACUUCAGGGUGGGCCAGUUUGUCAUCUGAGCUUAUGCAACUCUUUGGUCUGAUAUGGAACUUUAUAAGGAAAUAUAUUCUGAGAAUGAAAGAAGAUACGGAGUUUGUGCCCUCAUUUCCCUAUCAUACAGAAGUACCAAAAGUUUUGUUGUUUGGACUAUUGGGCUUCACAUGCUCUGUGCUGGCACCCUUGAUCUUACCUUUCCUGCUAGCGUACUUCUUCCUUGGUUAUGUCGUCUACCGCAAUCAGCUACUCAAUGUGUACCGCACAAGAUAUGACACGGGUGGUCUGUACUGGCCAAUUGCACACAACACAGUGAUAUUCUCUCUCGUGCUCACCCAGAUUAUCUGCCUCGGCGUAUUUGGGCUCAAAGAAUCACCAGUAGCUGCAGGCUUCACGAUACCUCUUAUCAUCCUUACUCUGUUAUUCAAUCAGUACUGCAGAAAACGACUUCUUCCAUUGUUCAAAACAUUUCCAGCGCAGGAUCUAAUCGAUAUGGACAGGGAGGACGAGCGGUCGGGAAGAAUGGAGCACAUUCACGGCCGACUCCAUACUGCGUAUUGUCAGUUCCCUGAGACUGAAGACAUACAGCUGGAGAAAAUUCAGAUUGAUGGGAAUGGUGGGGAAAAGAACUGUAGCCAUGGCGAGUCCAAGGGCAAAGAAACCCGUGAGGAACAGCAGCCGAGAAGGGAUGAACUGUCUCACCCAACGCUGAAGGGACUCCCUAUUAGCCGUCUGCAGAAUGCUGUGAGAUCCAUCACUUUCCUCAUUAGAUUGCAGAAAAGAGGUUUAUCACAAUAACAAAACCGGAUAACUAACUGACUGACUCUCCACGUGCCGACUCAUGUAAAUGUAUAGAUAGCAACACUGGUCAUACGAGUAUAGAGGAACUGGGUUUUAGUUAGGAACAUAUAGAUAAGUGAAGCAUAAUUAUACGUGUAGAUAUGCAUGACUUGUAUGGUUUUCAUGCCUGGCUGGUUAGUUCUGUCCACGGUGUGCGCACCUUUGUUGAAUGAACUUGAACCAUAUUUGUCAA